AUGGACAAGAAUCAACCAUUCGAGGAGUUUGAUUCAGAAGAUGACUUUGAUUGUGAGAGCCGCAUGGAUGCAGAUGUCUGCAAAUAUACAGAGCCUCAGCGAAAGAUCUACAAGUUUCUGGGCAUCGACUCGACCGAGAGCCUUGAAGGAUCCAACGAGGCGAGCCGAACAUACACGCCGAGCCGAAAACCAUUGCCUUUCAAGGAAACCAAUUCGCCUGGUCGUCUGCGCCAAAUCUACGUCAAGUACCGUCCUGUCCGCAAAUUUGUCGAAGGCCGCGGAUUGAAAGGAAUGUUGACGAACGUUGCCAGCUACCUUCAGACCAUCGGACACUGGGCGCUCGUCAUAGGUCCUUACACCUACGAUGUAUAUGAGAAGAACGGAUCUAUCUGUGUCUUCGUGGGAGAAUGGGAAGAGGCACCGGCCGGGGAAGAGGACCGUAUCAAGAUGAAAGAGGUGGGAAAGACAGUUUGCACGGACAAAGAUAUUUGGAAGAUCGGUCAGUGUUACACCCUCCCUCCCCUUUACCCUCUCUUCGACACGGAGCCAUGCCAAUACUUCACAGCACUGAUGGUUUACAUACGCAUGAAACGAGAGAAAUAUGACAUCGGCUUCAACAAUUGCCAGCGCUUUGUCCGCCUCUUCGCCCGCAGAAUUGCCCUUCCCGAACAGAGGUCUCUUAUCGGCGUCUUGAUCGUGAUGCAGCGAGUGUAUCGCAUGUUGCCCGCGUCCUUCUUCACUUCAGCUUACCAAUACAGCAGGUGCGCGGGGAGAGUGUGUCUGGACAUACUGCGGGACUUCGUCUCGUCCGAGCUACUAGAGACCGUUUUCGAGCACAUCCGGCGGACCGCCAAGGUCAGCUUUCGCGCCGCCUUCUUCCUGCUCACCGCCGGUCUUCUGUUCGGGUUCCUCAACAUGGUGAGAGAGCUAAAGGGGUGGGAUGUCGUCGAGGACCGCUCCAAGUACGUUGAAUUGCUAGAGAGAUUUGGAUUCAAGGACGCCGAGCUGCAGCAUAUCUGCCUGCGUGGGGCCUUUGAGGGUCCCAACGGGAUGAAGGAUUUCUUUCGCCAGGUCGUCUCUAAGCGGCGUCUGCUCGAGGGAGUAUAG